AUCAGGUACAAUACACGUCACUACGUUUGCUAGUAAAGGAGAAACAUUAUAAGAAUAUCUGACAAAUUCAGUUCUGCUGAACAAGACAAUGUCUGACAAGACCGAGACCCAAACCUCAGACCUUCCUGAUGCACAUGGAGGGCGUCUAGAGGAAAACCCGGGCACUGGGCUAUUAAAUGUGAAGGAAGAGGAUGAGACAGAUGACAUGAAUAGUCAUCAGACUGAAAUACAUUGCUCCCUCCCUGCCGAUGAAGAUAACGCUGAUAUAGUGAAAGUUGAGAUAACAGAAGAUCUGUGUGUGAGGCGUCAUCUAGAAGCAUCAGAUGUGGAAACCAGUGACAGCAUCAGCCCAAGCCAUAAGGAUGUGACGCCUUCAGAUAGCUCAGCGGUUGAGCACAGAGAAAAACCAUAUUUAUCUAAUCACGUGAAGACUGAGGAGGAUGAAGUUCCUAUAAAUACGGCUACAGGUGAAUUUACAAACUGCAGUAAUCCUAGUCCUAGCCAUGGUGAAAAUACAGAUUCUUGUUUCAAUCUUACUCAAAAUCAAAGCAACAACGUGGAAAAUUUAUUUUCUGAAUAUGGGAAUUUUUUUACCAGGAAAUCAAAUCUUAUUACACAUCAUAAAAUUUAUACAAGAGAGAAAGCAUUUUCAUGCUCUCAACGUGGGAAGUGUUUCACUGAGAAAACAACUCUUCCUAAAUAUCAGCCAAUUCAUGCAGGAGAGAGAGAAUUUGCAUGUUCUGAAUGUGAGAAGUGUUUUACUCAGAAAUCAUCUCUUAUUAGACAUCAGAAAAUUCAUGAAGGAGAGAAAGGAUUUUCAUGUUCUGAAUGUGGGAAGUGUUUUACUCAGAAAUCAAAUGUUAUUAGACAUCAGAAAAUUCAUACAGGAGAGAAAGCAUUUUCUUGUUCUGAAUGUUGGAAAUGUUUUACUCAGAAAUCAACUCUUAUAACACAUGAGAAAAUGCAUACAGGAGAUAAAGCAUUUUCAUGUUCUGAAUGUGGGAAGUGUUUUACUGAGAAAACAAUUCUUACUAGACAUCAGAAAAUUCAUGCAGGAGAAAAAGGAUUUUCAUGUUCGGAAUGUGGGAAGUGUUUUAUUCAGAAAUCAAAUGUUAUUAGACAUCAAAAAAUUCAUACAGGAGAGAAAGCAUUUUCUUGUUCUGAAUGUGGGGAAUGUUUUGCUCAGAAAGCAACUCUUAUAACACAUGAGAAAAUUCAUACAGGAGAGAAAGCAUUUUCAUGUUCUGAAUGUGGGAAGUGUUUUACUAAGAAAUCAAAUGUUAUUAGACAUCAAAAAAUUCAUACAGGAGAGAAAGCAUUUUCUUGUUCUGAAUGUGGGGAAUGUUUUGCUCUUAAAUCAACUCUUAUAACACAUGAGAAAAUUCAUACAGGAGAGAAAGCAUUUUCAUGUUCUGAAUGUGGGAAAUGUUUUACUGCAAAAGCAACUCUUAUUGUCCAUCAGAAAAUUCAUACAGGAGAGAAAGCAUUUUCUUGUUCUGAAUGUGGGAAAUGUUUUGCUCAGAAAUCGACUCUUAUUAAACAUCAGAAAAGUCAUACAGGAGAGAGAGAAAGCAUUUUCAUGUUCUGAAUGUGGGAAAUGGUUUGUUCAGAAAUCAAAUCUUACUACACAUCAGAAAAUUUAUGCAGGAGAGAAAGCAUUUACAUGUUCUGAAUGUGGAAAGUGUUUUACUGAGAAAUCAGCUGUAAUUAGACAUCAGAAAAUUCAUACAAGAGAGAAAGCAUUUUCAUGUUCUGAAUGUGGAAAAUGUUUUACCAGCAAAUGAAAUGUUGUUACUCAUCAAAAACUUCAUACAGGAGAGAAAUGAUUUCUCUGUCCUUAAAGAGGGAAAUGUUUUGUUUAUUAGUUACAACUUAUUGCGCAACAGAAAAUUCAUAUGCGAGAGAAAGUAUUCUCAUGUUUUGCACACAGCGAACCUCUAUAUUAACAUCAAAAGUGCAAGAGCCUUUCAAAAUCCCUUGUCUGGUUUAGGAUAGUCCCCCUAGCUGCAUACAAUGCAUUGUGCUGAAAUAUAACAAAAAAUAUAUAUUUGUACUUUUGAUUUCUAAUUUUUAUGAAAAAAGGAAAAAUUCUCAAUCUUGUAUAUUGUAAUAAGAAACAUAAUUUAUGUAAGA